AAUAAUAAUAAUAAUAAUAAUAAUAAUAAUAAUAAUAAUAAUAAUAAUAAUAAUAAUAAUAAUAAUAAUAAUAAUAAUAAUAAUAAUAAUAAUAAUAAUAAUAAUAAUAAUAAUAAUAAUAAUAAUAAUAAUAAUAAUAAUAAUAAUAAUAAUAAUGAUAAUAAUAAUAAUAAUAAUGAUAAUGAUAAUAAUAAUAAUAAUAAUAAUAAUAAUAAUAAUAAUAAUAAUAAUAAUAAUAAUAAUAAUAAUAAUAAUAAUAAUGAUAAU